CAAUUCUGUAAUCUUAUUUAAGGAAAUAAUGAAGCACAUUAAUAAUGUAUUUAUUGGGAUUUAAUAAAAAACUUAUUAUAUAUUUAAAUGGGCCAACCUAUUUCUCUAAGGAUUCUAAGAAUCAUUCUAGUGAUGACACGUGCCUACAAAAAAUGUUGUAAUGUUUCUCAAAUAAUAUAUAGGGGAUAUCACUUAGAAAUAGGAUAAUCACUUGACAUUAAACUCUCUUAAAAUAUAUAUUGUAUAGAACUAUAGAUAUACGUAUAAAAUAUUUAUAAAAGAUAACUACACUAUAUAUAGAAACAGAUAACGAUACAUCCACGAAAAUUCAUCUGGAAAAGAAACAGAGUGGUUUCGCGUCAGCACACCUACGUUGAUCAUUGGAAAUUGGAAUAUUGAAACACGCUUCAAAUCAACGACUAUUAAUUACCAAUACACCCUGGCUUUGGGCUUGUAUAAAACUCAUUUGUUCGUCUGCGAAGACUUUAUAACAACAAACCAUAAGCAACACAUUAUAUACCUACUUCCUCUCUCUCGCUCUGUUAUGUUCGAUUUCGAAAGGAUUUCAAGAUCAAAGAUGAUGAGAAAAGGUACCUUUUCGAUAUUUAAGACAAGGAAAGAAAGGACGAGGUUGAAAUUUUCGGGACUUGGAGGGCUAAAGUGGAAGAGACUGAAUCUGAAGAUGUCGUUUCUCGAAACUUUGAGAUACAGAAUCAUGUCUAUCAUUGAAGGAAUGGUUUUGGUUUCUAAGCUUGCUUUCUUCUUUCUCUGUUGCGGUUGCAGAUUUUAACACGUUAGUUUUUUUUUUUUCGUUUUUUUGAACGUCAACAAUGUCUUUUUUGUACUCUUUAGUUCAUGUGUAAAAUUCUAAAUUCUUCCAAUACAAUACCCAAAAAUUAUUCGUAUCUGAUUUUUAUAGUUUUUGACCUGUUAAUGUAAUUAAUCUAAGUGUAAUUUUUAGGCUAAAUGUUAAAUUUUAUAUUAAAGUUCUGUAACUUGAAA